CCGGCGUGAUAUCAGGAAGGCCGUGAUGAGCUCAGCUAACUGAACUGGAUUAUGCGUGCCGUGCCGAUAAUGUUUUUGUUGAGGAUUUUUGUUGUUGUUGUGUUGUCGUAGCCGCUCUCUCUAGGGGGUGGUUUUGUUAUGUCACAGGGAAGGUUAUAGAUUGGCAUUUAGUUGAUCCUCUUGCUUGAUUUUGAAAGUGAAAGACAAUGUCUAACAACGGCUCUUACAAUAAUGAUCGCCCUGCUUUGGCAGUGGAAGCAGAGCUAGCUACAGAUCCUGCGUCAGGAGGGUUCUUCCACUCAGAUUACAAAAAGCAUGAUGACUUGAAACAGAUGCUAGACAGCAGUAAAGAUGGUUUGAAACUUGAGGCCAUGAAAAGAAUUAUAGGGAUGGUUGCAAAAGGUCGCGAUGCAUCUGAUUUAUUCCCAGCUGUUGUGAAAAAUGUUGUUUCAAAGAACAUUGAAGUGAAGAAGCUAGUAUACGUUUAUCUAGUUCGGUAUGCUGAAGAGCAACAGGACUUAGCACUUCUAUCAAUAUCCACAUUUCAAAGAGCUUUGAAGGAUCCUAAUCAGUUAAUUAGGGCAAGUGCUUUACGAGUACUUUCCAGCAUCCGAGUUACAAUGAUUGUACCAAUAGUAAUGCUUGCUAUCAAGGACUCAGCGUCAGAUAUGUCGGCAUAUGUUCGGAAGACUGCUGCUCAUGCCAUUCCCAAACUCUACAGUUUGGAUCCUGAACAAAAAGAAGAGCUCGUUCAUGUAAUUGAGAAGCUUCUCUCUGACAAAACAACUCUUGUUGUUGGAUCUGCUGUCAUGGCAUUUGAAGAAGUUUGUCCAGAACGGAUUGAUCUCAUUCAUAAGAAUUAUCGCAAACUAUGUGAUUUACUUGUUGAUGUUGACGAAUGGGGACAGGUUGUCAUUAUUAACAUGUUGACACGUUACGCUCGAACUCAGUUUACUGAUCCGAACACAGAGGAAGGGGAUGAUGAAAAUGAAGAGAACUCCAUAGAUGAAAAUGAUAACUCUGAUAGUGAUGAUGGCAAGCAGUCCAAAAGCAAGGGCAAAACUACUGAAAAAAACAAAAAGACUUACACUCUAGAUCCAGAUCAUCGUCUUCUUCUUCGUAAUGCAAGACCUCUAUUACAGAGCAGAAAUGCCUCGGUGGUAAUGGGUGUGGCUCAAAUGUAUCAUCACCUUGCACCACGCUCUGAAGUUAUUUUCGUUGCCAAGGCCUUAAUUCGUCUCUUGCGAUCUCACCGAGAAGUUCAAUCAGUUGUUCUCAAUUGUAUAGCAUCAAUGUCUACUCAAAGAAAGGGAAUGUUUGAACCGUUUUUGAAAAGUUUUUUUGUGAGAACAAGUGAUGCUACUCAUAUUAAAUUACUGAAGCUUGAAAUUUUAACAACAUUGGCCACUGAAACAAGUAUAUCUGUAAUUCUUCGAGAAUUUCAGACUUACAUUAGCAGCAAUGACAAAGAAUUUGUUACUGCAACAAUUCAAGCAAUUGGGAGGUGUGCAGCAACUAUUAAAGAAGUAACAGACACAUGUUUAAAUGGCCUUGUCUCUCUCCUCUCAAAUAGAGAUGAAGCUGUUGUGGGAGAAAGUGUUGUAGUCAUCAAGAAACUCCUACAGACUCAGCCUGCAGAGCACAAGGAUAUUAUCACACACAUGGCUAAGUUGGUAGAUAACAUAAGUGUGCCUGCUGCACGAGCAUCCAUUUUGUGGCUCUUAGGAGAAUACUCUGAUAGAGUGCCUCGCAUUGCUCCAGAUGUCCUCAGAAAAAUGGCUAAGAACUUUAUUAAUGAAGAAGAUCAAGUAAAACUUCAAACUUUGAAUCUAGCUGUCAAGUUGCAUUUGGUGAACCCUAAGCAGACAAAGUUACUCUGCCAGUAUGUUCUCAACUUGGCUAGAUAUGACCCCAGUUAUGAUAUUAGAGACCGUGCAAGGUUCUUGAAACAGUUUGUUUUCCCUUCUAAUGAAAAUGCAAAGCUAGCCAAGAGUGCCAAGAAGAUAUUUUUAGCAACUAAACCAGCUCCUGUUUCUGAAUCUCAGUUCAAAGAUCGGGAACAAUUUCAAUUGGGCUCCCUUUCCCAUUACAUCAAUACUCGCGCCGUGGGCUAUCACGACCUGCCGGCUUUCCCGGAGGUGGCUCCCGAGUCGAACCGGGGUGUGAAUGCUCCGCCUGAGUGGAUCGGAACCAGAAAGGAAAUGAAACGAAGAGGCGAGGUGUUCUACAACUCUGACAGUUCUCCUGCUGAUGAAAGUGAAGAAGAUUCAAGUGACAGCGAUGACAGCUCCAGCGAUAGUGAUGACAGCAGCAGUGAUAGCUCGAGUAGCAGCGACAGCAGCAGUAGUGAGGACUCUGACAGUAGCAGCAGCAGCAGCAGCAGUGCUGAGUCUAGCUCUGAGGAGGAGGUGCGGAAACCACCACAGCGUAAUCGUGUGGUAGUUCAGAAAGAUGCUCCUACCUUAGAAAGUGGAGGAUCAUCAUCAUCUGACAGCAAUGAUAGUGAGGACAGUGACCCUCCACAAGUUUUGCCGAAAUCUCGCAAAGGUCGUCAGAGUGACAGUGACAGCAAUUCUUCUUUGAAGAAAAAGGAAGCUGAGCACAAACCUAAGCAAGGAAAACAGAGCACCCCAGACAAAAAGAAGGAACGAACAAAUCUUGAUUUGCUCCUUGAGCUUGAUGACUUUGCUCCCGCUGCACCCUUAAUGACACCAUCAUUAGGAGGGUUCCUGACACCGAGCAUGCCAGCAAUGAACAUUGUUCCAUCCACAUCUGGCAUCCAGCCUUCUGGCCCAAGUUUUGUCCCAUUAAGAAGUCAAGAACUGGUGAACAAGGUGUCAGGAAGAGGAUUUGCUAUUUCUUACAGAUUUACUAGAUCACCACAUUUGUUCUCGUCUAAAAUGACAUCAAUUGAGCUUACCUUUUCCAACCAAGGGACUGAUGAAAUAACAAACCUGAAAAUGGGAUCAAAGGAUUUGCCAAAAGGAUUAUCUGUGCAUGAGUUUGCUCCUGUCAGCCUCAUAGCCCCAGGAUCAUCUUUGUCAGGAACUGUUGGCAUUGAUUGGAAUGAUACUACACAGCCUGCAUCAUUUGAUGUUGUUUGGACUGUGGCUGAAGAUGAACGCAAGAGCCCAAUCUCAAUUAAGCCAAAUGUGGGAGAACUUAUAACUGCUGUCACUAUGGCAGACUUUCUUUUCCUCUCAGAGCAAGGAAAGUUGCGUGGCAUGAAUGAACAUACAGCAGAGUUUAAACCCUCUGCUGCUUGUAUUGAUACCAGGAGCAUCUCUAAUAAAAUUUAUGAAGCAGCCAAUGUUGCUUCUAUUCCCUCUUCUGACUCAAAGGUUCUGAGGUUUGCUGGACAAACACUUGCCUCACAGUCUCUAGUUCUCAUCACUGUUAAAGUUCAAGACACCAUGUUGAGUUUGUGUGUCAAUUGUGAGAAGAUGGUUAUCGGUUCCAUGUUAUGUAACGAAAUCAAAAGUGUUCUUCGUCAGUAAGAAAAUUUUCAGAUUUGAAUUGGUCAUUUUAUAAAUUCUGUAUGAUCAACUAUUUGCAUGUAAUUGGUAUAGGAAAGAGAAAAUGUAAGAGCCUUAGUGAAUAUAUUGAAAGAAUUGUUUAUCUAUGUAGGCCUUUGUAUGUGUUAUUGUUCUUUGUUAUAAAAUUUACUGAGAUGUUGUUAUCAUUUGUCUGAAUCUGUGAUGCCAACUGGGCAUAACGAGAAUGUUUAUCUUACAGUAUGUUAUAUGUAGCACUGGAUAUGCGAAAGGAGGGAAAAUAUCAUAUCUUCUUAGAAACAAGCAACAUCUUUGUUGUCUUUUUAUGAGGUGUAAUUGUGAAAAGCUUAUCUUUGACUUUUGGCCUAAGCUUAUUUUUAAUGAAUAUAGUGUAUUUUGUUAUGUUCAUUAUAGUUCUCAUGACAACUGAAAGUAAUUUCACCUAUCAUUACCGAACCAUGGGUAAGUUUGAGUUGCAUUGCAGUCAUGACCACAUGAUCUAAGACUGAUAAAAAUCCUGUGAGCAUCAGUUUCAUUCCAUAUUACAGUACUUCUCCAGGUCAAAUAUUAGUGUCUUAAAUAAAUGUACUUUGCCAAACAGAA